UGCCGACCUAUUUCUCUCGCUCUCUCCCGUGCGCUCCGCCCCGCGCGGCUCCGGGCUGGGCUGGGCUCAGAGUCCCCGGCGGAUCCGGGCAGGCAGGAGCCGGGAGCCUGGAGCCGGGCUCCGGACAUGGCCCCCUGCCCCUGCGAGCGGCGGUGACUGGACCUAGCCCCAGGAUGCCGUGGGGGUGUCUCCGGCUGCGGGAGGAGAAGAACUACAACUCCGUGGGCGACAUCACGGACAAGUAUGAGAUCGGGGAGCUGCUGAGCGUGAAGGAGUUCUGUGAGCUGUGCCUGGCUCGUGAGCGCCGGACUGACCGGCUUGUCGUGUGCAAGCGGUUCCGGAAGAAGGACGGCAGGAAGGUUCGCCAGGCGGCCCGCAACGAGAUUCUCAUCCUGAAGAUGGUGAGUCACCCCAACAUCCUCCAGCUGAUUGACACCUUUGAGACACGCAGGGAAUUUUACAUCAUCCAGGAGUUGGCGACGGGCGGGGACGUGUUCGACUGGAUUCUGGACCUGGGCUGCUACACGGAGCGAGACGCCAGCAGCCUGAUCCGGCAGGUGCUGGAGGCCCUGGCCUAUCUGCAUAGCCUCUGCAUUGUACACCGCAACCUCAAGCUGGAGAACCUGGUCUAUCACACCCAGCAAAGCCACGCCAAGGUCGUGCUCCGGGAUUUCUACCUGUCGCGCUUCGAGAAUGGAGCCAUCACCGAGCCCUGCGGGACGCCCGAGUACCUGGCCCCCGAGGUCAUCGCUCGCCAGCGCUACGGCUGCCCCGUGGACUGCUGGGCCGUGGGGGUCAUCCUCUUCAUCCUGCUGUCAGGGAACCCCCCAUUCUACGCUGAGGAGGAGCAGGAGUCCGGCCGGGGGCAGGACCGGCAGCUCUUCCGUCAGAUCCUGGCUGGGGAGUACAGCUUCGACCCCCCGUACUGGGACGAGAUCUCCCCCGCCGCCAAGAACCUGGUGUCGCAGCUGCUGGACGUGGAUCAGGACAAGAGGAUCACGGCGCAGGAGGCCCUGGGAGACGUCUGGAUCGCGGGCAACGUGGCUUCGGAAAAGAACCUCAAGGAGGGGGUCUGUGCCCAGAUCGAGAAGAACUUUGCCAAAGCCAAAUGGCGGAAGGCCAUUCGAGUCACCACCUUCAUGCAGAGGCUCCGUGCCCUGGAGCCUGGCGCCCGCCCCCCCGUGUCGCUCCCCGAGGUGACGGUGGAAGAGCCCUGCCCCCGCCCCACAGAACCCUCCACCACGGGGCGACCGAGCGAGCCAGCAGAGCCCACGGAAGAAAAGACGCAAUAACCCCUUUGUACAGCUCCGUGCACCCGGAUCCGACCCGGCGCCCCCGAGAGGGGAAAGGCCCUGGGUCCCACUCCCAACCUGGCUCUGUCCCCAACCGUGGCCCCAGCUCAGGACCGGCCCACGGCACUGGGAUGUGCACGUCCACCCACCAGGGCAGCUGCAUGUUUUGUGAAGAUGCUAUUUUAAUACAGAAAUCCCAGGCUGUCCCCCCGCGGAAUUGACCUUGUCCCCCCCGCCCCUACAGGGAGCCUGGAAAUAACAAAAUAAACAGAGAUUUUGUCUCUGGCA